GUCCCGUUCAACAUCCUCGGCUGGGGGCCAGUUCGUAACUUUUAUAUCUUAUCUCUUCCGGUUUCAAUAUGGUGCGGACUAAGGCAGACAGGGCCCCAGGCACCUACCGAAAAGUGGUGGCUUCUCGAGCCCCCAGGAAGGUGCUUGGCUCCUCCACCUCUGCCACUAACUCCACGUCGCCGUCGUCACGGAAAGCUGAAAAUAAGUAUGCAGGAGGGAAUCCAGUUUGUGUUCGCCCAAUUCCCAAAUGGCAAAAAGGAAUAGGAGAAUUCUUCAGUCUGUCCUCUAAAGAUUCAGAAAAAGAGAAUCGGAUUCCUGAAGAAGCAGGAAGUAGUGGCUUAGGAAAAGCAAAGAGAAAAACACGCCCUUUGCAACCUGAUCACACAGAUGACGAAAAUGAAUAGAACUUAUUUCACCUUUGACUAAUGUCUCCUGUUUACUCUGGUAUUCUAGGAUGUAAAUUUGCUUAAAUAUAUUUGUUCCAAUUAGGUUUGUUGAAUAGGCAUUUGUCUGAAAGAUUAGGCUUAAAUUAAUUUAAAAGCAAGUAGUUAUGACAUUGGAGAGUUGGUAAGAAUAAUAUAUAGCUACUUAGCUUUGUAUUCAAUAUAAUGUAGUAUUUGGUUUCCUCCUUUUACCUGUUAUUAAGCUUCCUGUUCUUGCUAAAAACAAAAUCAUUGCAUGGUGUUCUUCUGAUUACAAAUCUGCUCUAUUUGAAAUUUGUUUAGAUCUUUGUACUGCUGCCAUUUUUAUUGGCAUUUGAUUAUUGGAAUAGUGCCAUAUUUUUGUUCCUUUCAUUUACUUAAAAAAGCAGAGUUAGAUUUUUGCACAUUAAAAAAAUUCAGUAUUAAUUAAACUGAACUAUAGCCAUUUUCAGAAAGGGGCCAAAGAUGCAAUGUUGAAAAAAAUUUGGAUGAGUAUCUUCUAUUUAGAAAAAUUUAAGGGUAUUUUGGUCCUGAGGGUUUAAAUGGUUGAUAAUCAAAGCUUCCAACAAAAAAACGGUAGAAAACUUGCACAGAAUUAGGAAGGAAGAUUCUAUAGACUACAUUAAGAGAGGAAUUUUCCUAGGAUAUGCAUUUGGUUUAACAGCAUAAAAUAUUACCCUUUUGGCCUGAAUUUUUUAAACUGGAAAUGAAUCAAUAAAACAUGAAAGACAAAUUAUGCCAUAAACCCAGAGGUAUGUCCAAAGUCCUCACAGGUACCAUUAUAUUUUUCAAGAUAAGCAGGGGUAUAAUUGAAGAGGUGGUUAUAAUAUUACUUGGUAACUAAUAUUCUUGAUUCUUCGUCAGACUUUUUUCUCACUAACAUCCUGUCGUAAAAAUUAACCAUGUUUUAAUGGGCAUUUUUUUCCUGAAAUCUGCUUGCAAUAAUACUUAUUUUCGUAACACACUAUCCAUUUGUAUGCUUCCUAUGAUUAUGUCCUCCUGUGUAUUUCUAUUUUAUUCCUUCCAAAUACAAAUCUGCAUUGGUCUGAUUUUAUCAAUUUCCAAACUGAGUUCUGAUGAUUGUAGAUUUUCUUUUUUGCUUUGUUUUUUAGAGAUGUAUACUAAACAGAAUGCUACCAAAUUGGGAGGAGAGAGUUUUUAUCCUAAGUAUUUCCUUGAUUCUUAGGCUUCUUAUUAAGGAGUAGCUCAAACCAAGUCUAUUAAAGUCAAGUUUUGAUGGGUCUAUCUGAAACUUAAUUUGCUGUUUUUCAGCUGUAGAGACAGAGACUUUAAGGUGGUGUGCCCAAUGAGGUCUAACUUUGAUAUAUAAUUGUUUUUAGAAAAUAAUUUAAAUAACUUAGUCACGUAUGCAAUAUCUGAUGGUGUGUCACUUUUACUAGGCAGGGGUCCUGUGUAAUGUGUUUCCUUUUCAAAGCUUUCUUAAAGUGUGGCAUGGCAACUUAGCUUCUUCUAAAUAUAAGGGAAGAACAGUAUAGACACCCUGGUUCCAUUGAAACUGGAUUAAAAAAUGGAAGUUUAUCCAUUUAAAAGACAAGCCAAGUUUGUAAUUUUGUAACCUUCAUAAAGUUGAUCUGGCUUCCCUCUCUGAAUAGAUUACUGAAAUUAUUAAUGCUAGUGUUAAAUUCCUAACCAAACAAUGAUUAAAACUACUUCUCCAGAAUUUCUGAAUGCUACAAUAUUGUAAGAAUCAUGUAUUUUAUGUUUAGGUAGUUUCACAAAAGAAGAGCAGAUGUAGAGAAAAAAGUGCUCAAAGAGUUAUUUAAAAGAUAAAUGCUCAGUUUUUUUUUUUUUUUUU